AUGUCUUCACGCUCGUUGGCCGUUCAAGUUCUACACUGGAUCACACCCAUCGCGAUCGGCACAACCUACAGCAUUGCGCGGCUCAUUGCAUUCUGUGCACUCCAGAAACCAUCCAGAUGUUCUCGUGGUUCAGCCAAAACUAGGCAGAUUGUGUCUGUAGUACUAUCGGCAACCGUUUCGCUGCUAUUUCAAUUCCAAGAACCGGAGCAGCAAGAUGUGACGCAAGACAUCCAAGUUUACGUUGGAGGAUCGAUAUUGAUCUGGGGAACCAUGACAAUUAAUCUGCUAGGGAAGUCAAAACAUAUCUGGUAUCCUUAUCUCGCAGCUUGGAUCAUAGGUGCUUUGCUCGAAACUUGUGUUCUUCUGGUCAAGGGUCUGUCUGGAUCAGGCAAGUUCUACUUGGAGUUUGGUGCUAUUCUACAAAUCUGUCGUAUUGUGUGCCUGUCUGUCCUCGCUGGAAGUGUUACUUGCUUCAAGCUAGCCCGACUCCGGGCAGACGAAGAACAUCGGCCGCUGCUCGGUUCUCAUGGCAGAACACACGAGGACUGCUCUUCAGCUGACUCCGCAGAUGAAGACGAUGAUUUGCUUCCUGCUCAAGAUGAAGGUGAAUGCUCUGAUCAGACGAAAGAGCUGAAAGAGAAGCACAAAAAGCGCUUGCAAGAGUCUGGAAGCUGGAUGGCAUAUCUGAAGGAUUUCAAGCUGCUUGCAAAGCUUGCAUUGCCCUCAGAAGAUCGAUCUGCAAAGAUUUGUCUUGCCAUCUUGGUUGUUGUGAUACUUGCUGACAGAGCUUUAAAUCUCCUGGUUCCAAGACAGCUGGGCAUAAUCACCGACAAGCUCUCUUCAGUACAUGAGACCGGCGAAAUCCCUUUCAAGGAGAUUGGACUGUGGAUGCUUUACGUGUGGCUCGGUUCCUAUGCUGGUCUUCAUGCUAUCACUCAAUUCUGUCAGCUCCCGAUUGAGCAGUACGCCUAUCGAAAGAUUGGAACGACAGCGUUCGGUCACAUCAUGAAUCUAUCCAUGGAUUUUCACAGCAACAAGCAUUCAGGGGAGCUGAUGGCAGCCAUCGGGCAAGGUCAGCACCUGUAUCGUCUCUGCGAUUUCAUGUUUCUCGAUGUGGGUCCGAUGAUUUUCGAUCUCAUCAUCGCCAUGGUUUACGUUACCCUCCUUUUCGACGCAAGCAUUACUUUGAUCAUGAUUUUGGUCGGGGUUGGCUAUACAUGUAUCGGAACCAAAUCGACAUCUUGGGCUGUGCAACGUCGUAGACGAUACAAUCAGGCCCAGCGUAACGAGUCCAAGGUUCAAAACGAAAGUAUCGGGAACUGGCAGACGGUUGCACAUUUCAACAUGACCGACCAUGAAUGUGCCCAAUACUCCAAGGCAGUCGAUGAGCAUAACGUCGCAAGAGGUCGUUACUACAUGGCGCACUUUGCAGGAUAUGCCGCUCAGAAUCUUGUUCUACUGCUUGGACAACUCUCUGCUGCUUUGCUUGCUGCAUAUCGCGUGUCUCGCGGUGCAGCGCCGGUGGGCAACUUCAUCACUCUGGUGACUUAUUGGCGUACUAUUGAAGCACCACUUACCAGUGUCACGUUUUCUGUCAGACAGCUGUCCCAGAUGCUCAUCGACUCGGAGCGACUCUUGGAACUCUUGCGUACCCAACCGAGUGUUGUUGAUCGCCCUGAAGCAGAACCUCUGCGCUUUACUGAGGGCAGAGUCGACUUCGAUAGGGUCGGGUUCUCGUAUGAUACACGCAAAGCCUCUCUUGACAAUAUCUCCUUUAUUGCGGAAGCUGGCAAGACCAUUGCACUUGUUGGUGAGACAGGAGGUGGAAAAUCGACGAUCCUCAAACUACUCUUCCGGUACUACGAUGUGUCAAACGGCAGCAUCAAGAUUGACGGACAAGACAUCAGGAAUGUCACCCUAAACAGUCUUCGUGCAGCUUUUGGAGUGGUGCCACAAGACCCGUCUUUGUUUAACACCAGCAUCAUGGAGAACGUCCGAUAUGCUCGACUGGAAGCAACCGACGAGGAUGUUAAAGAGGCUUGCCGCGCAGCAGCAGUUCACGAUCGCAUCAUCUCAUUUCCCGAUGGUUAUCAAUCCACAGUCGGCGAGCGGGGUGUGAAACUGAGCGGUGGUGAGCUUCAACGCAUCGCCAUAGCCCGGGCAAUACUGCGCGACCCGCAUAUUGUGCUGUUGGACGAAGCAACAAGCAUGGUCGAUGCCGAAACGGAGGCCGCAAUUCAAAAGGCUUUCAAAAGACUGGCUACGGGAAGAACGACAUUUGUCGUGGCUCACCGACUGUCGACGAUCCAGGAUGCAGACCUCAUCCUCGUAGUACAGGAUGGUCAGAUUGUGGAAAGGGGCACGCACGAGCAGCUUUACGCUCUCAAUGGUAAGUACACCAGACUUUGGUCGAAACAACUGUCGAAGCAGGCGGCACAGGUAUGA